CCUCCUUUCUACAGCCGUGACAUCGGUGAAAUGUAUGACGGGAUCCUUCACAAACCCCUGCCACUGCCCCCGGGAAAGUCUGAUGCUGUCUGCUCUCUGCUGGUGGGUCUUCUGCAGAAGGACCAGCACAGACGCCUCGGGGCCAUCGCCGACUUUUUAGAAAUAAAGAACCACAUCUUUUUCUCUCCAAUCAACUGGGACGACCUUGACCAUAAGAGAAUCACUCCUCCUUACAACCCGAAUGUGAUAAACAGGUGACAAAGGUUCACCAGUUCAACCUGUUUAGAGGCCCAGCUGACACUCAGCAUAUCGAUCCAGAGUUCACCAGAGAAGUGGUUCCUAACUCGGUGAGUCGGACCCCGGAGCUCAACACCAGCAGCAACAACGCCUUCAAUGGGUUCUCCUUUGUCGCCACCGAGGACAGCUUUCUGUGAGGCAGGACUUAACUGUUCAAAUGUUUAAACAGGGUGAUUGAUUUUAUGGAGUGAUGACACCUUUCUGAGUCACAUGAAAAUAAGUACUCUACGUGUAACAUUGUAGGAAUUCCAUGUGGUACCUCCUGUUUGACUACUGUAGGGAUUCUCUCUUCAGGGUUUAGCAGAAAAAGGAGCCCACCUGCAAUGGAGACAUUUAAUAUUAAAAUAUAAAACCUUUUUUGCCUUGAAGUCCCAGGACUAUUCUUAGAGAGAUAGCGAAGUUUGACAUGAACGUGUUACCAAAUAUACAGGGCUCGCAAGAAGUAGGAGCACCUUUAAGAUGCAAUGCAAAUGAAUGAUUUUUAUUCCAUUAAUUUGCAAUGGAAUGACUGGUGUGUUUAACAAUUAUUUUAUAUACAGACAUUAUCAUAUUGCGUUGGUACAGUCAGACUUAGGGCUCUAUUUUCCUAAAAUAGGGUGCAGAUGCAAACGCAAGCAAUAUCUCAAAAUGGGCAUGACCAGAAAAUCUUUUGCAAUUUUGGUGACCACAGGCAUUGGUGCAAACCAGGUGUAACCAGACAGCUGAUGCGUACUGGUGCAGCUUCUGAAAUAUCAAUGCGACUUUAGGAGACUCUGGGAACCACAAGUAAUGCUGCAUUCUGGGAGCUCAGUGCUCUAGAGGGGCAUUAGGGUAAUAUGAGCUCUUUGGUCUAUAACAGUGCCUGUCUAUUAAGAGCUUUGUAGGUCAGGUGAAGGAUUUUAAAUUCAAUUCUGGAUUUUACAGGGAGCUGGUGCAGUGAAUCUCAUACGGGAGAAAUAUGAUUUCUUUUUCUAGUUUUUGUCAGUAGCUUAUACACGCUGCACCAUUCUGGAUCAGCUUGAGAGUCUUAAGGGACUUGUUCAAGCAACCUGAUAAUAAGGAAUUACAAUACUCCAGACUAGUUUUUGCAAUAUUAAGCAAGUGAAAAAGGCACUGCUUGAAGUUUGUUUUAUUUAGGCAUUAAAGAAUAUAUCCUCCAAGCAAGAGAGAGAAGCCAUCGCUAAAUACUAAGCUAAAGUUGCUAACAGAAUCUCUCACUCCUUACAGUACUGGUCUUGUUCGUUUAUGGCAAGUAUGUUAACAUGGCAAAAUUAUUUUGCAGACGAUGCACCGAUGAUAGAAAAUGCUUCAUGUAGCACCUUUUUAAAAUGUCAGUCAACUACACCACUGUGUGCACAGUAUGGCUGUUUAUUCUGUGGACUGUGGUUUUUUGUUUUGUAACUGGGAAACUGGGGAAAUAUUAUUUUAGCUUGUAGGUAGCAGACAGUGAAUGUCAAUGUUAUAUGGAAACUACUGUAUGUAACAUCUGUAAAUAUACAGUAGUAGCUUUGCAGUAUGUACUGUAGUAAUGUGAUUAUAUCAAUGUAAACUAUAAAAUGCCUCUCUGUCUUGGAAAAGAAGUUGGUGAUUGAUGGUGCUUGGCGUUUGCACUAAUGAGUGAUACACUUGUACAUCUGAUAUUUUAUUUUUAUUAUCUCAUUUAUAUGUAUACCUAAAGUCUUGUUUGUAAAUCUGAUAUUAAAGAAGCUCUUCUCUUUCAAUUUCU